UGAAACUGAACGCUUGCAUUCACUCCAAUUUCAAGAAAAUGGUUUACAAGAUUGUAAUGAUUCGCCACGGCGAAAGUUCCUGGAACAAGGAAAAUCGUUUUUGUGGUUGGUUCGACGCUGAUCUCAGUGAAAAAGGGGUUCAAGAGGCUCAUGCUGCUGGAAAAGCUUUGAAGGAUGCUGGUUAUCAAUUUGAUGCUGCUCACACAUCGGUGUUGAAAAGAGCCCAAAUCACUCUGCAAACUGUCCUGGGAGAAUUAGGUCAAUCUGAUAUUCCUAUUAAUAAAACUUGGAGGCUCAAUGAGCGUCAUUAUGGUGGACUCACUGGUCUUGACAAAGCUGAAACUGCUGCUAAGCAUGGAGAAGCUCAGGUUCAAAUUUGGAGGAGAAGUUUCGAUGUUCCUCCUCCUCCUCUCGAGGAGUCGAGCGAAUUUUACAAAAUCAUCAUGGAUGAUCCCCGUUACGCAAAUGGGCCAACCAAGGAAGAGUUUCCCAUGUUCGAGUCCUUGAAGCUGACCAUUGAACGAACUUUGCCGUACUGGAACGACGUGAUUGUCCCCCAAAUCAAAGAGGGCAAGCGAAUUCUAAUUGCAGCUCAUGGAAACUCUCUCAGGGGCAUCGUAAAGCACUUAGACAAUAUGUCCGAGGAUGCUAUCAUGGGUCUCAAUUUACCCACCGGAAUUCCGUUUGUUUACGAGCUGGACGAAAAUAUGAAACCUAUCACAUCCAUGCAGUUUUUGGGCGACGAAGAAACCGUUCGUAAAGCUAUGGAGGCCGUUGCCAAUCAGGGAAAGGCUAAAUAAAUUCAAAAUUCGCCCCUUUAAGCUAUCCACCCUUUUUUGGGGGUUUGUUUGUUCUUGGUUGUUUUCCCCCUUCAUCCAUUGUAUACAGAUUUUAUAUUGCACUUUUUAACACCUUAGGCUCUUUCCCUCAUUACUGAGUUUUUGUGCAACAAAAGCAAAUGAAAAGAAAAUGUCUCUAGUCGUAGUGUUUCUGGAGUCGGUGUUGUUCUGUAGUUAUUAUGAACCAAACACAAUAUACAGCUUUCUAGGAUGGGAAUACUAGAAAUUCCUAUCCAAGGAGA